AUGCUUUGCGUCCGCAGCUCCCGCCAUGCAUUGCGACGGUUGCCGUCUUGCUCUGCCGGUCUGCGUCGCUCCUUUGUCUCGGAUGCCGACGUGGCCAAGGCCCGCCUCUACUGCGAGAACCAGCUGAAAACAAGCGAUCACGACGCCCACCUCGUCCAUUACUUUCUCCCCGGCGCCGCCCGCGAUGUCUACCUGGCGCUGCGCACGCUCAACCUGGAACUGGCUCGACUUCCCGAGACGGUGACCAAUCCGACGAUCCGCCUGAUGCGCCUGCAGUUCUGGCGCGAUGCCGUCAACAACACGUUUGACGGCCAUCCGCCGCGCGAGCCUGUCUCGCUCAUGCUAUACGCCGCCCUGGCUGCCUUGGCCGCUCGCGAUCAAAAAGGCGCCUCGUGGAGCUCCAUCAAGUUCUGGCUGCAACGCUACAUCAAUUCUCGCCAGGAGCACAUGGACAACCGCCCGUUUCCCCAUAUGGCCGCUCUCGAAGACUACGCCGAGAGCACGUACGCCACCCUAAUGUACAUCACCUUGGCCAUGCUGCCGCUGCAGUCCAUGCACGUCGACCACCUGGCUAGCCACGUCGGCAAGGCCUACGGCAUCGCCGCCAUCCUUCGCAGCAUUCCAGUCCUGGCAGCCCCGGCUGCACCGAAGUCCACAGCAGCAGCAGCAGCAGCGCGCACUCCCGUCCUACUGCUUCCGCUGGACGUCAUGGCCGACGUCGAUCUGCGCGAGGAAGAUGUCUACCGCCAGGGACCGGGUGCGCCGGGCCUCCAGGAAGCCGUCUUCCGUGUGGCCACCCGUGCAAACGACCAUCUGAUCACGGCCCGCGAGAUGGUCAAAAACAUCCGCGCCGGCGAGGACCCGGGUCAUGAUUAUGAGCAUGCCGGCGAGACCGGCCACACCUACCACGACGCCCGCAAAGACAGACAGGACGGCGGUCGGGAAGGGAUCCAAGCCCUGAAGCGUGGCUUCGGCGUCCUUCUCGAGGCCGUGCCGGCACAGGAUUUCUUAGCCCGCAUAGAAGCCGCCGACUUCGACCCCUUCCGGGUCAAGAGCAGCUGGAAGCUGCCAUGGUCACUGUACUGGGCGCAGAAGACACACCGCAUAUAA